AUGAAUGAGAAAGCCCUUCUGAUCCAGGUGCUGAUAGCUCUCUUCCUCUAUGUGAACUUCCUAAUGAUCUUCACUUUCUUCCAAAAGGAGGCCUUCCGCACAAACACUCGCUACAUUCUGUUUGCGCACACGCUCAUCUGCGACUGCGCCUUUCUCAUCUUCACCGACAUGCUCCUGCUGCUCACCGUGGCCCGCGUCGCCAUGCCGACGGGCCUGUGCAUCACCGUCUGCGCGCUGCUGGUCAACCUGAACGUGGCCACGCCGCUGACGCUCACCGCCAUGAGCGUGGAGCGCUACGUGGCCAUCUGCAUGCCGCUGCGCCACGCCGAGCUCUCCACGCCGCAGCGCGCCGUCCACGCCGUCCUGGUCGUCCAGGCGAUGGCCUCGGUCCACGUGGUGGUCAUGCUGCUGAGCCUGUUCGCCGCCGCCAUGCCGCCGGGCUUCUACUCGUCGUCGCUGGUGUGCAGCCUGGUGAUGCUGAACGCGCGCGCCUGGCAGAAGCACCUGAGCGACGCCGUGCUGCAGCUCUACUUCCUGCUCAUGUCGCUGGCCAUCUGCUUCAGCUACGUCAAGAUCAUGGGGGUGGCGCGCGCCGCCUCCGGAGAGGACCGCAAGUCCAUGAACAAGGGGCUGAAGACGGUGCUCCUGCACGCCCUGCAGCUCGUCCUCUCCCUCGUCCAGCUCUGGUGCCCGCUGGUGGAGGCGGCCGUGCUGAGGAUCGACCUCAAGGUGUUUGAGAUCGUUCGGUACUUUGACUACAUCGCGUUCAUUCUGGCCCCCCGUUGUCUCAUCCCGCUGGUGUACGGCCUCAGGGAUGAGAGUUUCACCCUGGUGCUGCAAUACUACGCCUUGUUCGGCUGUCACAAGAGAGUCGCUCCCGUUAACGGGCAUAAACGGAGGAGCAGAUCAACAAAGAAACAGGAAGCGGGAACUGUGUAG